GGUGUGCGUAAUGACGUCACGUUGUAGGCUAGCUAUGAUGGCAACCGCAGGUUGACAUCGCUUCAAUGUUGAAUUGUAGAUUAUUAAAAAAGUUAGCGGGAAAAAUCCGUGGCGUGGCAACCAAGCUGAAUUUAAGAGGUUAAGACAGUACACGCUUGAAACACACAACACACACAAAGCGCGCGGUUUUGGUGAAGGUGGCACUAUGCCCGCAGCUACCGUGGAUCACAGCCAAAGAAUAUGUGAGGUUUGGGCCAACAACCUGGAGGAAGAGCUGAAGAGAAUAAGACAUGUCAUUCGGAAGUACAACUACAUCGCCAUGGACACAGAGUUUCCAGGCGUGGUAGCCAGACCCAUUGGGGAAUUCCGAAGCAAUGCUGAUUAUCAGUACCAGUUGAUGCGCUGUAACGUGGAUUUGCUCAAGAUCAUCCAGCUGGGCCUCACCUUUAUGAACGAACAAGGGGAAUACCCUCCGGGAACAUCAACUUGGCAGUUCAAUUUUAGGUUUAACCUAACAGAGGAUAUGUACGCACAGGACUCUAUUGAGCUCCUGACAACUUCAGGGAUUCAGUUCAAGAAGCUGGAGGAUGAAGGUAUCGAAGUGGUAUACUUUGCGGAGCUGCUGAUGACCUCAGGAGUGGUGCUGUGCGAUGGGGUCAAAUGGCUGUCUUUUCACAGCGGCUAUGACUUUGGAUACCUGAUCAAGCUUCUGUCCAACGCCAAACUGCCUGAGGAGGAGGUUGAUUUCUUUGAGAUUCUUCACUUGUAUUUUCCUGUCAUUUAUGAUGUCAAGUACCUCAUGAAGAGCUGCAAAAACCUGAAGGGUGGGCUGCAGGAAGUUGCCGAACAACUGGAGCUCGAGAGGAUCGGACCACAGCAUCAGGCGGGCUCGGACUCUUUACUCACAGGCAUGGCUUUCUUCAAGAUGAGAGAGAUGUUCUUUGAGGAUCAUAUCGAUGAUGCUAAGUACUGUGGCCACCUGUACGGCCUUGGUUCUGGCUCCGCCUAUGUCCAGAACGGAACAGGGAAUGCUUAUGAAGAAGAAGCCAACAAGCAGCAGUCGUGACAUCAAACUCGCACCAUCCUGUGUGGCACAGACGCUAAGCUUGGACAACCGGAUGAUGAUGAUGAUGAUAAUGAUAAUGGAGGAAGCGCUUCAUUUAGCUGUUUGUCAUCGGCUCUGUUCAUCUUAAGACAAUUAAGUAUGAUUGUCAGUAGUGAAAAGUACCACAGUUGUCCUCACGCAGGACACAGUUGCACUUGUGUGAGUUUAACCUUUUACUCCGGUAAAGCAGCACAGACAUCUGAUUGGUUCCGUUCAAUUUAACAUGCUUGAAAAACAAUGGGAUUUUAGUUUUCCUGAAAUGUUCUGUAGAAUUUUUUUGCACUUUAAAGCUCUAACCUGAUUUUAUAUGGAAAGCUGAAAAUGUAUCUGAUGUCUCUUUGUUGCCUUCUCCAUGUCCCCAUUUUACAUUGUGAACCCACCAUGUUUAUUUAAUGUUACCAUUACUUUUUGCCACCACACUCAGCCUUAAGACGAAAUGCAUUCUUUUUAAGUUAUAAUUUAUUCUGCUGGUUAUCUGAUACUAAAAGAUGCCACUAAGAUACUGCACGUUACCAUAUUGCCUCAAAAUGAGAAAGGGAUUAGUGGGUGUGUUCACGUGCACACAGCCGCUGUGGUUCUUUGCAAUUCUCUGCUCUACUUGUUUUUUUGUUCUUUGCACCUAAAUGCCCCGUGUGUCUGUGACACGAGACGAGCAUGCCUGUCACCGAGUGGCCCUGUAGGUUUGGGGAUGUGCUUAGUGAAUGGUGUUUAGGCAUCUGAAGAAGGUUCCAGUCUUACAACAGGAAACUUCUUCUGGUGCCAAAAUGCUGCACUGUUGACGCCGCUGAGUGAGAGGGAUGCCGCCUAGUGUCUGCCCCAAACCUUUAAUAUCUAAGCAUACAAUGCUGAGAUUGGAUGUUGGAUGCACAUAAAUACAAUCACUGACUCUCAUAUCGCACAUGGUGGUGUCAGACAUGCCGAAUACAAUGUUGUGACACCAUUUUCAUUCAUUUAGUUUUAAUUGAAGUUGCUUUUGCAGAGUUUUAGUGUUGUAAUAAAAGAAAAUAACACUUUCUCCCUGGAAAAAAAUGGUGUUGCAUUUUAACAAGUCUCUCAUUUUUGUUCAUGCAUUGGCCUUUGGAUGAGAUUGUUUUGUAUUUGUUUUGCAUUUCCGCUCUAACAUGCUGCAUAGACGAACCGCAUAUUCCAAAGGUUUUUAACAAAUGCAGAGUCGUUUGAAUAUUAUUUGCGUGUGCUGAAAUAUAGAUAUUAUUCAAGUUCAGUGUCAUGUUGAUGGCUGAAAUGUGUGUGGGUUUUUUCCCCAUUUUUGCAGCACAUCCUUGACACUGUAAAGGAGAAAAAGAAUAAGAAAUACAACAGUUGUUUUAGAUUGUUUUGUAAAUA